AUGCACACCGGCAUCGCCAACAAGUAUGACAUUGAGGUAUGUGCUGUCAAAGCUCCUGAAUUUGGUGAUAACAGAAGGGUUAAUCUGGAUGAUAUGGUUGUGUUGUUAGCGAGGAUUCUUUUCUUGGACGAUGAUGUUGUGGUACGGAGGGAUCUUACGGGACUGUGGAAGAUUGACAUGGAAGGGAAGGUUACUAUAUCUCUUGAUGAUACUAUCAUCCUAGAUGGCGGAGGUCACAAACAGAUGAUAGAGGAGAGGUCACAAACAAUAGAAUCAAUUGACAAAAGCACUGCUAUGUUCGACAAAGAAAAGGCUCAAGAGCGUCUAUCAAAGUUAUCUAGAGGUGUUGCUGUCCUCAAGAUUGGUGGAGCUGGUGAAGCUGAAGUUGGUGAGAAAAAAGAUAGGGUAACAGAUGCUCUAAAUGCUGCAAGGGCUGUUGUGGAGGAGGGUAUUGUGCCAGGUGGUGGAGUUGCUCUUCUAUAUGCCACUAAGGAGCUCGAUCAGAUUAGCACAGCAAAUGAGGAUGAAAAGACUGGAGUUCAAAUUAUCAAGAAUGCCUUGAAGGCUCCCUUGAUGACCAUAGCUGCAAAUGCUGGUGCUGAUGAGGCCAUCAUCAUUGGGAAGCUAAUUGUACAAGACGAUCUUAGUUUGGGCUAUGAUGCAGCAAGAGAUCCGUGA